GUUCCUCCAUUUAAGAUGCUGACUUGUUUAUGUUGAAGGGACAAGUGAAUGACUUUUGUUAGCUGUUGCACUCUACUUAGAAGCUGGUUUGAGGCUUUUUUUUUUUUUUUUUCUCAACAGGUCUUCUUUUUAUCCAGAGGAAGCAUGAAGUCUGCGUUGCCGCUGAUUUGUGCUUAAUAGAUAUCUGAUAGCUAUCUUCAGAUAACCGAGACAGGGAGGUUCACUGACACACUGAGUGUUUUGACAAGCAGGGUUUAGGCGUGGAGUUUAGUCUAGUCGAUGACUGGUAGGUGGCCGGCCGUCACCCACAGCAGCUCUCCGUCCUGCGCCCGCUCUUGCCGUCCUGGGCACAUAAACACAUAGAGGACACAGAGGAGGAGGAGGAGGAGGAGGAGGAGGAGGAGCAGGGUCAACCAUGGAGCUGUAGGGACACGCUCAGAUGCCCGUGCGGAUCACCAGUGGAGGAGGAGUGCCGCCGAGGAGAAGAGCUCUGCAAUGAACAAGACCAAGAGGAAACCCAGUGAGAGCCCUGGUGUGCUGAAUACAAGGAAGUUGGUCCAGCGGAGGAGGAAUACAUGCCCCAGUCCUCAGGACAUCAGCCGGGCCCUGCAGAGCCCCAGCCAUGCUCCCAGCGCCAGCGCCGCCAGCCUGGAUGAGCUCAUACAGCGCUGCCUAAACUGCUUUGAUUCAGAGGGGAAGCUUUCCAGCCCCAGAGGGUCCCAGCUGGUCCACAUGACGCUGAUGAUGCACAGCUGGGUCGUGCCAUCCCAGACGUUCACCCAGAAACUUCUCACCCUUUAUAAGGAUUGUCCCACGGACAAGAGAGGGCUGAGGCGGACACAGAUCUGCCACCUUGUCAGGCAGUGGAUCAGCCAGUUCCCGGCAGUGUUCGAGGCAGACCCCCUCCUGGAGCAGACCAUGGGGGACCUGUGGGCGCUGGUUCGGUCAGAUGGAGAGGAGACGCACUCGCAGCUCAUCGACACCUCCUGCUUAAACCCCCACGUGAACAUAUCCCAGGCACCCUCACCCUCUGUGAAGAAGAGGAAGGUGUCUUUGAUCUUUGACCACAUGGAGCCAGAUGAGAUGGCUGAGCAUCUCAGCUACCUGGAAUUCAAGAACUUCUGUAACGUUUCAUUCCUGGACUACCGCAGCUACGUGGUGCGAGGCUCGGUGAGGGACAACCCCGCCCUGGAGCGGUCGGUCAUGAUGUGUAACGGGGUCUCCCAGUGGGUCCAGCUGAUGAUCCUCAGCAGACACACGGCCCAGCAGAGAGCCCAGGUCUUCACCAAGUUCAUCCACGUGGCUCAGAAACUUCGGGCUCUGCAAAACUUUAACACUCUAAUGGCAGUAACUGGAGGCCUCUGUCACAGCUCAAUCUCCCGCCUCAAAGACACCUCUAACCUGCUGCCUCCUGACAUCACUAAGGCCCUGAGCGAGAUGACAGAGCUGCUCUCCUCGCGCAGCAACUACAGCAACUACCGGCGGGUUUACAACGAGUGCAGCGGCUUCAAGGUGCCCAUCCUGGGCGUCCACCUGAAGGAUCUGAUCUCGCUGAAUGAGGCCCUGCCAGACUACAUCGACGAGGACAAGAUCAACCUGAGCAAGCUACAGCACCUGUACAGCAACAUCAACGACCUGCUGGCCAUCCACGGCUGCACACCACCCUUCGAGGCCAACAAGGACCUUCUGCAUCUGCUCACGCUCUCUCUAGAUUUAUACUACACCGAGGAUGAGAUAUAUGAACUUUCAUACACCAAGGAACCCAAAAACCCCAAGAUCCAGCCUGUGACUCCAGUUAAACCACCGGUAGUGGCAGAGUGGGGUUCAGGAGUCACCCCCAGGCUCGACCCCGACACCAUAUCUAAACAUGUCAAGCAGAUGGUGGAUUCCAUAAUGAAGAACUACGACCAGAACCAAGACGGCUACAUCUCACUAGAGGACUUUGAGAAAAUAGCAGCCAACUUCCCCUUCUCCUUCUGCACUCACGAAACUGACAGGGAGGGACAAAUCAGCCGAGAAGAAAUCACCUCUUACUUCUUGAGGGGAAUGUCAAUAUGUGCCAAGCUGGGCUACAACUUCAAAGAUGCGCAUAACUUCCAUGAAACCACAUACAAACGGCCAACGUUCUGUGACAAUUGUAGAGGCUUUCUGUGGGGAGUCAUCAAACAGGGCUACCACUGUAAAGACUGUGGGAUAAACUGUCACAGACACUGUAGAGAUCUGGUGGGAAUGGAGUGCUUGAAGAAACACAAAAACACAACUGGGUCCUGCCCGUGCACCCCCGCCCCUGACUUUAGAACCAAGGGCAGCAGCUGCAGUUCAGAGGAUGAGACCUUUGUUUUCCCCCAAAGCAAUGAGACGGAACACGACAAGGGCACUUCGGUUUGGAAAAACAACACCAACGAUUCGACUAUGUCAGACCGCUCUACUCAGACGGAUCCUGGAGUGUGGACACCUGAGAAAAAGGACAGGACGAGAAACAACCACAACUCUCUUGUAUACGUGUCCCCAGAGAGAAAGGUCAACUCGCUGCCCCCAAGGGCCCACGGUUGCUCCAUGCCCGUUUCUUUCUUGCAGGAGAAGAUGGAGGAGCUGCAUCUCUACAAAGACAAGAGCAGAGAGCCAGACUGAGCGUUGUAUCUGCUAACAUUUCCACACACGGACAAAAAGCAUCCAGACACCACCACGUCUCUGACAGAGCUGUGUCUGACUGGUGUUGAACUGAUGAGAUUUACUGGCCAUUCACUUUCGAAUGCCAGCAAUCAUAAAUGGACUCCUUCGUGUUUCGAGGUUGCUUGUGACAUGUUUUUAUUUUUUUUCAGUCUUAGUUUGGCUUAUUGUUUAGGCUUGGAACACCGAUUCUACUGUAAUUUAUGAACACCUCAUUUUUGUUUUUAGGACACGUGCCUUGGUUCACUGGUGCUAAGAUUCUACACAACCUACAGACAGACAGACGCAACAGUUUCCUGAUCAUAUAUACUCAUUAUAAAUGCAGGGUAGGAAAUGAACACUAACCUCAACAAUAUUUUGGUUAAUUUUAACUUUGGCAGCUACAGUAUACAACAACUUUGCUCAUGAAUUUGGAGAGUGCCCUGGUAAAAACUUUAAGAAUUCCUAUUUGUUUGGCUUUGCAUUGGUUGAUAUGAUGGUCGUCCCUUCCUUUAUCAUCUCCUCUCUCAAUGGCAAUAUUUGCUUUAUUGGAUUUUUGCAAUUUGGCUAUCUUGGCAUCUUCAUCUGGUUUGUUUCUCAGUUAAAUUUCCAUAGAAAUGUUCAUCACAAUUUCCAUUGCAAUCACAAAACAAAGUCAAAUCAUAUAUAGUGUCAAGACUUGGCGCAUAUUGCCCAACCCUAAUUUUGGUCAGUAAAUAGUGAAAGGAGCUUGUGAGGCCUAAUCCCUCAGCCACGUUAACUAGCAGCAGCAAAUGUUUAUUUCCUGCCCUGACAACAUUUGUGACUUUCAGAUUUCUCCAAACGUUCGUUUAAGGUUCAGCAGGACUGCACUGGAACUAUAUGUAUGCUCCCAAAUUGUCAUCAUUUCUAGCUGAGUGCUUAUUUGUUUUGUCCUUGGUCCAUAAUUUCAAUUUUGUUGAAAAUGAGAAAAAUACAUGAACAAUGAUAAUCUUG